AUGGUCCGUUUGAAAAACCGAUACCUCCUCCUGGACAUUCUAUAUCCCGACCCAGCCACAUGGCCGUCCACCAAGAACGUGUCUGGCACUCCGCACGCGGCCCAGGUCGCUAUUCACGCGCCGACCUCGAAUGCGCUCACGCCGGGAUUACUCGCCAAGAUGAUCCGGGAGGAAGUUGGGGAAAUGUAUGGGGAUUGGGGUGUGGGUAAACUUGGGGGUGCUUCUGCGACGGGUGUUCAAGUCAAAUAUCUGUCCCCCGCUACGUCAACCGCCAUCGUCCGCUGUCCCCGAGUCUCAUUCCGCCUCGUCUGGUCCGCACUCACAUACAUGUCUCACGUGCCCGCCGUGACCGAGCCCGGAACAAACACCGCGGGACAUAAACGGCCCAACGGAGGGCGGGAGAGACCCUGUGUGUUUCGAGUGCUCAGGGUAUCGGGGACGAUGCGCAAGGCGGAGGAGGAGGCAAUUCGACGGGCGAGAAGGGAGAUUGUGCGUGUGAGAGGGCUGGAGGAGAAGAGUGUUCUGGGGGAUUUGAUUGUUGGGGCGGAGAGGGGGACGGAUGUGUUGCCGGUUAUGACGGUUAUGGAUGAGGAGGAGGAUGAGAGGAUGUACGAUGACGGGGAUUAUGAUUGA